GGCAGGGCCUGAGUUUCUUAUGUCUCUUUUGCCCUUGCAGAUGCCUGCACCUGGAGGCAGCCACUGACAUAAUGUUUGCCACCCUCCCUCCCAAUUCUUCCCAGACACCACCUUUCCUCCUCCGGAUGAACAACUCCUCGAGCCACACAGAGCUGGUGAAGUCCCGAAGCAGCGCUCCUUCGGCGGCGUCUCCCAUUUUCUCUAUGACCCUGGGUGCCGUCUCGAACGUUGUGGCACUGGUGAUCCUGGUGCAAUCCUACGCUCGCUUCCGGCGCCGCUCCAAGGCCACGUUCCUGCUCUUUGCAAGCAGCCUGGUGAUCACGGACCUAGCAGGCCAUGUCAUCCCGGGCUCCUUUGUGUUGCAUCUCUACGCCACGCAGCGUGGCUGGGCAGACAUGGACCCUUCUGGAGCCCUCUGCAAGUUCUUUGGUGCCUCUAUGGUCUUCUUUGGAUUGUGCCCACUCUUUCUGGGCUUCAUAAUGGCGGUGGAGCGCUGUGUGGGCAUUACCCGUCCUUUGUUGCAUGCCGCCUUGGUCACACCAAGCCGGACAAAGCUUUCCUUGGUUGGACUGUGGGCAAUCGCCUUAGCCAUUGCCCUGUUGCCUUUCUGCAAAUUUGGGAGCUAUGAAAUCCAGGCCCAAGGCGUCUGGUGUUUCAUCAAGGUGCGAAAGGUAGAAGCCUGGACCGAUGUGGCCUUUGCCCUGCUCUUCUCUUUGCUGGGCUUGGUCUCGUUGGUGGCCUCCUUUGUCUGUAACACAUUCAGUGGACUCACCCUGAUGCGAGCCCGGCUCCGCGGUCAGCGCAAACUUGGGUACCGGCGAGCCAAGGCCCACGACAUUGAGAUGGUUGUGCAGCUGUUGGGCAUCAUGGUGGUUUCCUGCAUCUGCUGGAGCCCCUUACUGGUUUUCAUCAUCUUGUCAGUGAGCAAUCGCCGUGGAGCCCUGAAUUAUGACCAGCUGCUCUUCCUCGGUGUGCGCCUUGCCUCCUGGAACCAGAUCCUGGACCCCUGGGUAUAUAUCCUGCUGCGGCGGGCUGUGCUGCGCAAGCUCCUCACGCUCCUUCUCCGGCGCCCUGAUCUCAAGACGGUCCGCUUUGACCGCUGGGAGGCCAGCUCCUUCCAAAGCUCUGAGCGCAGUGUCGCUGCUGGCCGCAUCUAGCCCCCGCUGGAGCAAGCAGGAGUACUUCUACUCUGAAGGCCUUCUGAGAGGCCCUUUGCACAUUCUCCAGUGUGUGCACAAUGGUUUCCUUGGGAUUUGGUUAACCAGGUCCCUUGGCUGAUGGUGCUGUAGGUGACACGGCAGCCAAGACGGCCCUCUGAAUGUGAUCCUGGAGCAAGAGCAUGAUUGUGGGACCCAAGGUGGUGAAGCAGAGCACGCUACUGGGCCAGCUCCCUGCAUAGUUGGAACUUUCCCAUGAAUGAGAGACACUGGAUAUUUAGGGGAGACUUGCUAAGGAUUGAUCAUCCUCUGUGUGGGGAGGGGCACAUGUUCUGCAUGCAAAAGGUCCCGGGUUAAUUUACGGGACUUCCAGUUAAGCAGGAUUGGGAAAGAUCUCUGUCUCAGGCCCAGGAGAGCCACCACUACUCAGAAGAGGCAGUUCUGGGCCAUAUGAACCAACAGUGUGACUCAGUCUAAAGCAGCUGUGUGUGUUCAGGCAAUUUUGUCAAUAGCAGGGAUGAAAGCCAUCAUUCAGUGCAUUCUGAAUGCGUGCAAUGCUUCCUGGUACAAGCCAUGCGCUGUUGUUGGGCUGUUACUAGUGCUGCUGUCUAAAGUAGUGGGAUGUUGGUGGUUCAGAGCACAAUGUCGUCCAUGUCUUCUUUGUAUGUUUCAACCGUAAGCUGACAGGAGCAUUGGGCUGGCUUGUGGAUUGAUUACCAGGCAAGGGGACAUCUGUGGAGAUCAAAAAGGAGGUCCUCAGGUAGUACUCAUCUCUGGAUGAUUGGGUUCAGGAAACUCACCAUCUAGCUGCAGAGCAGUGGACAUGCUGUGUUCUGUUUAAUAUGCUACCUUGCAGUGACCUGAUUAUUCACAGCCCAUGAUGCACUUUCCACAUCCCAAUCCAGAGGGUGCUGCAUUUCAGCUCUGUGCAAGGAAACUCUUAUACAAAUAUUAUAGCCCUUGCUCAGAGGAAACUGAUCCAAGAGAAAUCGCCUUGUAUAGCUCUGAGAUAGUUAUGUAAACUGUGUUGGAGAUAGCGGCACAAUGGCACGGGGUGGCCUUUAGUUUCGAUGUCAACGUGAGUAUGAUGGAUGGUGAAGGCGGCUGGAAGUGUGAUCUCAGAAAAUAGUGGUGUCGCAUGGGCUCCCAAACUCAAGGGGAAAGCUCCUCUGAGGACUGGGCACUUAUAAAAUGGACUCAUAUGACA